AAAUAGGACACGUCGUUGAUAUCUUGGCUCCAUAAAUCUCGCGCGUGACAUUGUCAAUAAAAAUUGUCGUUGCGCGAGCGUAACAUUCUCGCGAUCACAUACAGGCGUCAAAUAUGUCGAUACUUCGAUAUUCUCGCUUGGAUAUGCAUUUUGCGCGUCUCGAUUGUUUAUAUAGGACAAGGUAUUUUAAAUACGUUACACGAUGACACACAAUGUAAAAUUACUGGUUUAAGAAUCUAUCUCUUUCUCAAUAUGACAAUCAUCGGGACGCAGACCGACAGUGAUAGAAGACUGCUGGAUUUUGAAAAUUACGAGGAAUAUUUAGACUCGCUGGUGAGUCCGGUAGACAUCUACUAUGUUCGAAGCAGUAAAACCGCGCGGCAAUUGGCCGAGCUCGGUUACCGCUGUACCGGCGAGAUUCUAAGCGAAAGGAGCUUUUAUCGUCGCUUACGAAUCGUGAAAAAUCUGCUGUUUCCCGUUCAUCGGCCUUACGUACUCACUUGCGAAUAUAUAACGCCCGCCGGUAGGUUAAUGGAAGAACUUAGUCUACGCGAGCGAUCCAACAGAUUGGGUUAUUUGUCAACUAUCGUGUUCGUCCGUCACUUUGCAACGAAACUGCGACAAUUCGAGGAAUCGGCGUACAUUGAUUUCGGCGACCGACUCAAGUCGGAAAAUUGGUUGCCGUAUUAUCGCGGCGAGAAAAAAUUGUCGCCGUUCAAACGAGAUCUCGCGUAUUAUCACUGGAGAACGGGAAGGACGUCCUUGAAUGAAACCCGCAAUUACGUACCGAUUGUAGAUCCCAAACAUGGCUUGGUGUUUAAAAAUAUUCACGACAGACAGGUAAUCACUGUUGAUUCGACUGCCGCAUCACCCGGUGUAGACACAACGAGAGUACGGAUACAUUGCCCAUUUUACGAGCAUGUGAUAUUAUACGAUCAUGUGAUCAGAAGCAAAAUCAUCCUUGAAAAUUAGAGGCGUCAAUAGCAUUCGGUUUUAUUGUGCUGAU